CCCGGCUGGCCGAGCCGAGGCGCCCUCCCGCCCAGUUCGCGGCGAGCCUAGUCCAGGCCAGCCCUUCUCCGGCCGCGGGUGGCCAAGGGGCCCGGGGGGGGGGAGGGGUUGCGCAGAGUCUGGUUUCCUCCCCCACCCCCAGCACAGCAUGUCGGGAGGGGGGGGCGCUCAGGGCGCAGCAGCAGCAGCACCCGGCGCCAGCAAGAGGGGCUGCAACAAGCUGCGGGGUGGGCGGCCCGGGACACGGGGGGAGCCCCCAGCGGGGGCCAGGCUGGCCGAUGAGCGCGCCGGAGCCGUCGUGCAGGCAGGGAGGGAAGGAAGGGCCAGCCGCCAGGAAGGGGGCGGAGGAGGAGGAUGCUUAGCGCCCCCGGGCGGCUUUCUCUCCCCCUCCCCCCCAGCCUCGGCGGCUCGGCGGCCUUUGCGCAGCCAUGGAGGGCGAGGCGGACGGCCCCAAGGAGGACCACUACGGGACACCCCACAAAUAUGACCCGACUUUCAAAGGCCCCAUUUAUGACAGGGGCUGCACAGACAUCAUCUGCUGUGUCCUGCUCCUGGUUGCUGUUGUGGGCUACGUAGCUGUGGGAGUGGUAGCAUGGACCCAAGGAGACCCCCGUAAAGUGAUCUACCCGACAGACAGUCGUGGGCAGUUCUGUGGCCAGAAAGGAACUCCUAAUGAGAACAAACGUUACUUGUUCUACUUCAACAUCAUGAAAUGUGCCAGCCCUUCAGUGCUGCUGGAGUUCCAGUGUCCCACCACACAGAUUUGUGUCCAAAAGUGCCCAGAUCGGUACCUCACUUACCUGCAGGCCUCGACCCAGAAAGAGAACUCAGAAUACUACAAGCAAUUUUGUGUCCCAGGAUUUAAAAGUCUGAACAAGAGCCCCCCUGAAGUUCUGAGAGAUGGAGAGUGCCCGGCCAUGAUCACUCCCAGCAAGCCCUUGGCCCGCAGAUGUUUGCCUGCAAUUAAUUCUAAGAAAGGGGUCAUCAUGGUUGGAAAUGAAACUACCUUUGAUGACGGACGUGGACACAAAAGGAAUGUGACAGAUCUUGUGGAAGGGGCCAAAAAAGCAAAUGUGGUUCUGGAGGCCCGACAAGUGGCUAUGAAGAUCUUUGAAGACUACACUGUUUCCUGGUACUGGAUAAUAAUAGGUCUGGUGAUUUCCAUGGUGGUCAGCCUCAUCUUUAUUGUCCUGCUUCGGUUUCUGGCGGGCAUCAUGGUCUGGGUGAUGAUUGUCCUUGUGAUCCUCGUCCUUGGAUAUGGGAUCUUCCAUUGCUACAUGGAAUACGCAGCGCUGAAAGGACAAGCCGGGUCUGACGUCUCUCUGAAGGACCUGGGCUUCCAGACAGACGUCCGCGUCUAUCUGCACCUGAGACAAACGUGGUUGGCCUUCAUGAUCAUCCUUUGCAUCACAGAGGUGGUCAUCAUCCUUUUGCUCAUCUUCUUGCGCAAGAGGAUCCUCAUCGCCAUAGCAUUGAUCCGGGAAGCCAGCAGGGCUGUUGGUCACAUCAUGACAUCUCUGUUAUUUCCCCUCUUCACUUUCUUCCUGGUGUGCCUCUGUAUUGCCUACUGGGCUAGCACAGCUGUGUUUUUGUCUACCUCAAACGAAGCCAUCUACAAGGUAUUUAAUGAGACGCAGUGCAACUACACGAGGACAACGUGCAACCCGGAGACCUUCAACACCUCCAACAUCGCCAAACAGUGCCCAGAUGCCCGUUGCCUCUUUGCCUUCUAUGGUGGGGAGACCGCCUACCACAAGUACCUCAUCAUCUUCCAGAUCUACAAUGUCUUCAUGUUCUUCUGGCUAGCCAACUUUGUCAUUGCUCUGGGCCAGGUCACCCUGGCCGGGGCCUUUGCUUCCUACUAUUGGGCCUUUAAGAAACCGGAUGAUAUGCCAGCAUUCCCCAUCUUCUCUUCCUUUGGCCGAGCACUCAGGUAUCAUACGGGCUCAUUGGCUUUUGGGUCUUUGAUUCUUGCUCUUGUCCAGGUCAUUCGGGUCCUUCUGGAGUACUUGGAUCACAGGUUAAAAGCUGCUGAUAACAAGUUUGCUAAGUUCCUCUUGGCCUGCCUCAAAUGCUGUUUCUGGUGCCUGGAGAAAUUCAUCAAGUUCUUGAACAGAAACGCCUACAUUAUGAUUGCCAUUUAUGGCACCAACUUCUGCACUUCUGCAAGGAAUGCCUUUUCCCUGCUCAUGAGGAACAUCAUCAGGGUGGCUGUUCUGGAUAAAGUCACAGACUUUCUGCUCUUUCUUGGCAAACUCUUGAUUGUAGGAAGUGUUGGCAUUCUUGCUUUCUUCUUUUUCACCCAGAGGAUAAAACUCAUUCAAGACUCGGCACCACCCCUCAACUACUACUGGGUUCCAAUUCUGACUGUGGUCGUUGGCUCCUAUCUCAUUGCCCAUGGGUUUUUCAGCGUAUAUGCCAUGUGUGUGGACACGCUCUUCCUCUGCUUCUUGGAGGACCUGGAGCGUAACGAUGGCUCUGCCGAGAAGCCUUAUUUUAUGUCAUCUAAUCUGAAAAAGCUUCUGAAGAAGACGAACAAGCGCCCUGUUGAAGAGUAACAGCCCUUCCCAAUUCUCCGCCUCCGUGGGUAGCCUACAAUAGGCACACAGUUUAGGGAGCCAAGAUGGCCGUGGCAUCAAGCCCUGUCUUUGAAGAGCAAGCGUUUUGGGGUUAGGGGACUCUGCUUCCAGUGCCAGACAAAUGUAGCCUGCUGGGUUUUGACAUGUUUUGUUGUUGUUGUUUUUUGUUUUGUUUUGUUGGUUUUUUUGACAUUUUUUUUUGCUUUUCCUUUUUUAUGGUGUGCUGGGUUUUUUUUCCGUUAUGACUGAGUAGGUGUCAAGUUGUGCUGCACUAACUCCAUCUUAAGGCCUUAACAGCGAUACAGCAGACUGAAGUCUGGUGUGCCUUUACCACAUUGAUCAAAGUAAUCUGGCUCUUGACUGACAGCUCAGAGUGCUUACACUUCUCAGCGUAGGUUGGAGACAGGUGUAUAUUAGUGGUGCAUCUGAGACCAUAUAUGAACAGCACUGGCUGAGCAGCCGUAUCAGGAAGCCUAUCACAGCUGAGCUCAGGUUUCAAAGGAAAAAACGGAAUGAUUGUUUCAGUGCAUGAAUAGGAGCGACUGGGCUGGGGGAAUCUUGGCUGAGUGCAGGUGAGUUCGUGUGGGGAAGUGGAUCUUGGCCUGCAGCUGAAAAACAGACGUAUCCUUUGAAGGUAUUUGCCUUCUCCCGCAAACAAAGCUGUUUGUCAAGGCCAUGGCAACCAUAAGGCUCCCAUUAGGUUACAGUUCAUGUGCUGGCUGAGCCAGUUGAGUUCUGUUCAUUUUCCCCAAUCAGCACUAAACUGUCUUAAAUCCAAGCAUUGUGCAUCGUUGCAGCAGCUUGGUGGUGACGGUCGUGGCCAUCUUUUAAGCGAGGAAAGUUGAAACUAAUAUUGAACAAGCAAGUGCCAGGAGUAUAAAGAAAUUUAAAAUUCUGGUUGUAUACUGUUAAGCAUCUGUAGCUUUCACGGCCGGAAUCACUGGGGUGUGGUGGGUUUUUCCAGGUUGUAUGGCCUGUUCUAGUAGCAUUUUCUCCUGAUGUUUUGCUUGCAUCUGUGGCUGGCAUCUUCAGAGGAUCCUCUGAAGCCACAGGUGCAGGCAAAACGUCAGGAGAAAAUGCUACUAGAACAGGGCAUACAGCCUGGAAACCACACAACACCCCAUCUGUAGCUUUCUUCGUAGAAAAUUAUAAUGCUGCCAAUCUGUAUUUUAAGUCUGGCAAAUGUUAACUUUUGUAUUGCUUUAUAUAAACUAUUUUUUAUGUACCCUUUAUGUUUUUUAAAAAUACCUGAAAUAUUAAAACAGUUUUAUAAA